GGCUCCCUCUUCUCUUUACAGGUGUAUAACCGCUACCCAGAAGGCCUAGGGGCGGCUCUUUACCGGGAGCGCUUUGACUUCAACGCUGAGCCGCCUUGGGAUCCUAGCUGAUAGCGGGACACGGCCAUCUACAGACUUGUCCAUGUAAGCAAAACCAUUCUGACAUUUCCUUAGGGUGCCUUCAAACCAGGCAAACGUAUUUGUAAAAAGAGCAGCAACUCGAUGGUUUCCAAUGAGAGCAGUGUGUUGUGGGAAGGCCUAGUGGUGUUUCGCUGUCCCACCACACCGAUGGUUUCCAAUGAGAGCAGUGUGUUGUGGGAAGGCCUAGUGGUGUUUCGCUGUCCCACCACACCGAUGGUUUCCAAUGAGAGCAGUGUGUUGUGGGAAGGCCUAGUGGUGUUUCGCCGUCCCACCACACCGAUGGUUUCCAAUGAGAGCAGUGUGUUGUGGGAAGGCCUAGUGGUGUUUCGCCGUCCCACCACACCGAUGGUUUCCAAUGAGAGCAGUGUGUUGUGGGAAGGCCUAGUGGUGUUUCGCCGUCCCACCACACCGAUGGUUUCCAAUGAGAGCAGUGUUGUGUCUGUGGGGCGCUAGGGUGUGUGUUUCGCCGUCCCACCACACCGAUGGUUUCCAAUGAGAGCAGUGUGUUGUGGGAAGGCCUAGUGGUGUUUCGCCGUCCCACCACACCGAUGGUUUCCAAUGAGAGCAGUGUGUUGUGGGAAGGCCUAGUGGUGUUUCGCCGUCCCACCACACCGAUGGUUUCCAAUGAGAGCAGUGUGUUGUGGGAAGGCCUAGUGGUGUUUCGCUGUCCCACCACACCGAUGGUUUCCAAUGAGAGCAGUGUGUUGUGGGAAGGCCUAGUGGUGUUUCGCUGUCCCACCACACCGAUGGUUUCCAAUGAGAGCAGUGUGUUGUGGGAAGGCCUAGUGGUGUUUCGCUGUCCCACCACACCGAUGGUUUCCAAUGAGAGCAGUGUGUUGUGGGAAGGCCUAGUGGUGUUUCGCUGUCCCACCACACCGAUGGUUUCCAAUGAGAGCAGUGUGUGUGGGAAGGCUAGUGGUGUUGUUUCGCCCCACCACAGCGCGUGUUGUCAUGAACAGUGUGUUGUUUGGUGAAGGCACCCUACACAGGGGCCGUUGAUGUGUUUUGGUUGAAGGCACCCUUACACAGGGCUUGUUGAUGUGUUUGGUUUGAAGGCACCCUUACACAGGGGCCAGUUGAUGUGUUUUGGUUUGAAGGCACCCUACACAGGGCUUGUUGAUGUUUUUGGUUGAAGGCACCGUUACCAGAGAGCCAGUUGAUGUUGUUUUGAUUUGAAGGCCCUACACAGGGCCAGUUGAUGUGUUUUGGUUUGAAGGCCCUACACAGGGCACAGUUGAUGUGUUUUGGUUGAAGGCACCCUACAAGGGCCAGAGUGUGUUGUUGGUUGAAGGCACCUAGUGGUUGAUGUGUUGGUUCACCCACACAGGGCCAGUAUGGUGUUUUGAGCCCCACACAGAGCCAGUGUGUGUGUUGGUGAAGGCACCUUACACAGGGCAGUUGAUGUGUCCUGCGUCUGAGGCCUUCCACAGGGCCAGUGUGUUUGGUGAAGGCACUAGGGUGUUCGCAGUCCACAGAUGUGUUUUCAUGAAGGCACUGUGGUGGGAAGCCUAGUGGUGUUUCGUUUUACCCCACACAGAGGCAGUGUGUUUGGGAAGGCACCCACACAGGUCGACGCCAGUUGAUGUGUUUUGGUUUGAAGGCACCCUUACACAGGGGCUGUUGAUGUGUUUUGGUUUGAAGGCACCCUUACACAGGGGCCAGUUGAUGUGUUUUGGUUUGAAGGCACCCUUACACGGGGCUUGUUGAUGUGUUUUGGUUUGAAGGCACCCUUACACAGGGGCAGUUGAUGUGUUUUGGUUUGAAGGCACCCUUACACAGGGGCUGUUGAUGUGUUUUGGUUUGAAGGCACCUUACACAGGGCCAGUUGAUGUGUUUUGGUUUGAAGGCACCCUUACACAGGGGCCAGUUGAUGUGUUUUGGUUUGAAGGCACCCUUACACAGGGGCCGUUGAUGUGUUUUGGUUUGAAGGCACCCUUACACAGGGGCCGUUGAUGUGUUUUGGUUUGAAGGCACCCUUACACAGGGGCCAGUUGAUGUGUUUUGGUUUGAAGGCACCCUUACACAGGGGCCAGUUGAUGUGUUUUGGUUUGAAGGCACCCUUACACAGGGGCCAGUUGAUGUGUUUUGGUUUGAAGGCACCCUUACACAGGGGCCGUUGAUGUGUUUUGGUUUGAAGGCACCCUUACACGGGGCCAGUUGAUGUGUUUUGGUUUGAAGGCACCCUUACACAGGGGCCAGUUGAUGUGUUUUGGUUUGAAGGCACCCUUACACAGGGGCCAGUUGAUGUGUUUUGGUUUGAAGGCACCCUUACACAGGGGCAGUUGAUGUGUUUUGGUUUGAAGGCACCCUUACACAGGGGCCAGUUGAUGUGUUUUGGUUUGAAGGCACCCUUACACGGGGCCAGUUGAUGUGUUUUGGUUUGAAGGCACCCUUACACGGGGCUUGUUGAUGUGUUUUGGUUUGAAGGCACCCUUACACAGGGGCCAGUUGAUGUGUUUUGGUUUGAAGGCACCCUUACACAGGGGCCAGUUGAUGUGUUUUGGUUUGAAGGCACCCUUACACAGGGGCCUGUUGAUGUGUUUUGGUUUGAAGGCACCCUUACACGGGGGCUUGUUGAUGUGUUUUGGUUUGAAGGCACCCUUACACGGGGCCUGUUGAUGUGUUUUGGUUUGAAGGCACCCUUACACGGGGCCAGUUGAUGUUUGGUCUUUAAGCAACGCUCUUACCAGGGGCAUUGAUGUGUUUUGGUUUGAAGGCACCCUUACACAGGGGCCAGUUGAUGUGUUUUGGUUUGAAGGCACCCUUACAUGGGGCCUGUUGAUGUGUUUUGGUUUGAAGGCACCCUUACACGGGGGCUUGUUGAUGUGUUUUGGUUUGAAGGCACCCUUACACGGGGGCUUGUUGAUGUGUUUUGGUUUGAAGGCACCCUUACACAGGGGCCAGUUGAUGUGUUUUGGUUUGAAGGCACCCUUACACAGGGGCCAGUUGAUGUGUUUUGGUUUGAAGGCACCCUUACACAGGGGCCAGUUGAUGUGUUUUGGUUUGAAGGCACCCUUACACAGGGGCCAGUUGAUGUGUUUUGGUUUGAAGGCACCCUUACACGGGGGCUUGUUGAUGUGUUUUGGUUUGAAGGCACCCUUACACGGGGGCUUGUUGAUGUGUUUUGGUUUGAAGGCACCCUUACACAGGGGCCAGUUGAUGUGUUUUGGUUUGAAGGCACCCUUACACGGGGGCUUGUUGAUGUGUUUUGGUUUGAAGGCACCCUUACACGGGGGCUUGUUGAUGUGUUUUGGUUUGAAGGCACCCUUACACGGGGGCUUGUUGAUGUGUUUUGGUUUGAAGGCACCCUUACACAGGGGCUUGUUUAUGUCUACAUGUGAUGUAAGAAGAAGCUUUUAGCUCAAGCUGACACCUCAGGAAUGAAAGGAAACAUUGGACACGUCAUACACAGUCCAACCCGUGUCUCAGCACGCAUAGUAUAAAGUAUAUAUUUUGAUCUACUUCUUUCUUCAGAUAUACGUAAUGUUUGAAAAGUGUUGUGUUUUUUUUUGGUACUAGCUUGCAUGGUUUCUUAAAGGAGAUGUGUAAUAAUUAAGUCAAUGUCCACCUAACAGCAACAUACUGUUGUCCUCUCUCUCUGUGUGUUGCAUACCCGGCAGGACCCACGGCUCAGUCGCCACCUUGACUUGACUACUCCUUCUUUAUGAUUGUCUGCUGAAUACUGUUGAGAUGAAAGGACUCGCUGACGAACCAAACCACAUGAUUGAACUCCUGGAGGGAGGAACCACCCUGGAAGAUGUCAUUGACGGACAUGUGUACGAGCAAGCUCUGGUGAGGGAAUUGAUUUAAAAGGGUUAGAACAGCUAAACGAACCCCGGAGGAAGGGUUAGAACAGCUAAACGAACCCCGGAGGAAGGGUUAGAACAGCUAAACGAACCCCGGAGGAAGGGUUAGAACAGCUAAACGAACCCCGGAGGAAGGGUUAGAACAGCUAAACCAACCCCGGAGGAAGGGUUAGAACAGCUAAACGAACCCCGGAGGAAGGGUUAGAACAGCUAAACCAACCCCGGAGGAUGACUCAUGAAAGGCUUAAAACACUUAUUUUCAAUGUGGUCCUCAGUGGGAUGAAACAUUAAUUUGUAUUACAUGCUAAAGCUCUGAGCAGCUGAAAAGCAAAGAUCAUGCCAUGCUUGCAGGUUAAUCAAAGUAUGUAUUGGCCCAACUAAGUCAAAAUAAGCCUAAGCACCAGGCCUGGAGUUUCCCGACAGCAACGGCCGUUGCCCCCUUGUGUGGCAGUUAAUCCCCCUAAAAACUCCUUGCCUUGUGGCUGUUGUGGACUUGGGCUGAACCAAUUGCUGUGCUCCGAAGCACCACUUGCUCACGUCUCUCUCAGAUCUCAAUUCUUAUUAACUAAUGCCCGUCACGGGAUCGGGUCCUUCUUACAGGCAUCGCAGCUCCGAAGGACUAGUGAAGACAGACGCAUCGGGGAUGCAACGGCGCUCGUCCUUAUUGAAUUCCGAGGCGCACAUUGAAGAUGUUAAAACUGUCAACAUUUACUUUUCUUCAGCCAAGAUGAGUAACGAACAGCGAAAUCACUAGCCUAUUUCAAUCUACUAUCGCUCAUAGUAGAAACGUUUACCUAGGCCUAUUUUAUUGGUCAGCUUGUCUUUUUGUGCGAGAAAUAAAUAUUCCAAACACUCUUGGACAGUUGUGUGACGAUAGAUCCAACAGGUAGGCUGCUACUUCAUAUUCUGAAUGGAGUUGUUGUUGGUGAGAAAGCGCAGGCACUGCAGUCUCAACUAGCCUAGCUUGUUAACGUUAGCUAGCUUAACUAGCUUCUCCUGGUUUGAUGCUGUCAAGACCGGUAACACAGAUAGAACAAUGAGACCGAUAUUUCACCAGAUGUAUAAAUGUGACGCACCCUGUUGGCGUUUCCGCUCACUACCAAAUAUGGUGGUGAGAGGAAGUCCGCUGGUUGUGGGAGAAGAUGGAUUUUGACCGACAUUCUGCACAUUUUCACAUCGAUUUAAGCGUUUGAUCUCAAUACAGUGUUCUGUUCCCAAAACGAUAAUCUGUUAUGAACAGAGUGGACUAAGUUUAAUGGACUUUACUCUUUGCUAAACUUUUAAAAAAUCGCACUAUUUAGGAGUGUAAAGGCGACUCGAGUUAUUGCACAUGCGUACUUCAGAGUAGGCGUUCCCUAACGGAAAUAUGCAGAUGCAUACUAGAACGCGCCCACCUCGUUGCUUGUUCUGCCCACUAUGACUCAUUUGUUCCCGUUAGACCACAGUGUCGUUUCCAUCUUGGUUUAGUUAUACGGUACAACGUAAUCAUAUUGGAUGAUAAAUCACCUAGCUAUGGCAGCUGUUAGUCUACUAUAGCAUGAGUCGGCUUGAUUGGUUGCUGUCUCAUCCCUGCUCACAGUACGGCCCCUCCCCCACCUCCUCUAAAUAACCUAGCUUGAUUGGUUGCUGUCUCUGUCUGGUCCCUCCCUGCUCCCCUGGUUACUCGCUCACAGUACGGCCCCUCCCCCACCUCCUCUAAAUAACCUAGCUUGAUUGGUUGCUGUCUCUGGUUGGUCCCUCCCUGCUCCCCUUGUUACUCGCUCACAGUACGGCCCCUCCCCGACCUCCUCUAAAUAACCUAGCUUGAUUGGUUGCUGUCUCUGUCUGGUCCCUCCCUGCUCCCCUUGUUACUCGCUCACAGUACGGCCCCUCCCCCACCUCCUCUGGCGCUUUAUCAGCUUCGGUUAAUAAAGUAGCUUUAAAAUGACUUUUCUGCUGCUUCCCUCACUCAAAUCGGACCGGGUCUGGAUCCGACCAGGUCUAUAUUGAACGGGUCUAGUUGUCCUCGGGUCCGGUCGGAACGCGUCUCUCUCUCUCUCUCUCUCUCAUAUAUAUAUAUAUAUAUAUAUAUAUAUAUAUAUAUAUAUAUAUAUAUAUAUAUAUAUAACAAUUCUAUUUAUGCAUAUCGUGUCCGGGUGGGAAAGCCCCAGGUCCAUUUCGGAAAAGGGGCCUACUUUUUGGACCUGUGAAGACAUCUUAUGUAGGCUAAUUAUUUAUGUACGUUAACAUACACUUAUGUUUUCUUAACAGCUUAAUCUGUAUAACUAGGUCUUUUCUUUCAGUGUGUGUGUAAAACUAGCGCUUGUCUUUGUGUGUGUGUGUGUGUGUAUAACUAGCGCUUGUCUUUCAGUGUGUGUGUGUAACUAGCGCUUGUCUUUCAGUGUGUGUGUGUGUGUAACUAGCGCUUGUCUUUCAGUGUGUGUGUAUAACUAGGUCUUGUCUCUUGUGUUCCCCAGGCUGAUAAGAGUGUGUUUGUAGUGUCUGAUCUUGGGUCCCUGAUGAGACAGCAUGUCCAGUGGCAGCGCACCAUGCCCCAGAUCAGGCCCUUCUACCCGGUCAAAUCCAACAGCAGCCCGGCUGUCAUCGAGAUCCUGGCCUCUCUCGGCCUCGGCUUCAUCUGUGCUAACAAGGUGAGUGGUACCUUUUUUUUAAUUUUGUUACUUAUGUUUUCAAUGGUGUUUUAUAAAAACGGAUCAAUCAAGUAACACUGUAACAGCAUUCUUGAAUACCUUUCAUUCUGUCGGCUUUCUCUGUACCAGUGUGAUCACAAACUCUAGAGGGUAGGCAACAACACAUCCGCCACGCUGAUCCUCAACACGGGGGCCCCUCAGGGGUGCGUGCUCAGUCCCCUCCUGUACUCCCUGUUCACCCACGACUGCAUGGCCAGGCACGACUCCAACACCAUCAUUAAGUUUGCCGACGACACAACAGUGGUAGGCCUGAUCACUGACAACGAUGAGACAGCCUAUAUGGAGGUCAGAGACCUGGCCGUGUGGUGCCAGGACAACAACCUCUCCCUCAAUGUGAGCAAGACAAAGGAGCUGAUCGUGGACCUCAGGAAAAGGAGGGCCAAACACGCCCCCAUUAACAUCGACGGGGCUGUAGUGGAGCGGGUCGAGAGUUUCAAGUUCCUUGGUGUCCACAUCACCAACAAACUAUCAUGGUCCAAACACGUCAAGACCGUUGUGAAGAGGGCACGACAAAGCCUAUUCCCUCUGAGGAGACUGAACAGAUUUGGCAUGGGUCCCCAGGUCCCCCAAAGUUCUACAGGUGUCAGAGGAAGGCCCAAAAAAUGGUCAAACUCCAGCCACCCAAGUCAUAGACUGUUCUGUCUGCUACUGUAAGCGGUACCGUAUCGCCAAAUCUAGGUUCAAAAGGCUCCUUAACAGCAUCUACCCCCAAGCCGUAAGCCUGCUAAACAGUUAAUCAUGUACAAAGAGGGUAAAAAAGUAUUUGCUCCCCUGCUGAUUUUGUACGUUUGCCCACUGACAAAGAAAUGAUCAGUCUAUCAUUUUAAUGGUAGGUUUAUUUGAACAGUGAGAGACAGAAUAACAACAAAAAAAUCCAGAAAAUCGCAUGUCAAAAAUGUUAUAAAUUGAUUUGCAUUUUAAUGAGGGAAAUAAGUAUUUGACCCCCUCUCAAUCAGAAAGAUUUCUGGCUCCCAGGUGUCUUUUAUACAGGUAACGAGCUGAGAUUAGGAGCACACUCUUAAAGGGAGUGCUCCUAAUCUCAGCUUGUUACCUGUAUAAAAGACACUUGUCCACAGAAGCAAUCAAUCAAUCAGAUUCCAAACUCUCCACCAUGGCCAAAGACCAAAGAGCUAUCCAAUGAUGUCAGGGACAAGAUUGUAGACAUACACAAGGCUGGAAUGGGCUACAAGACCAUCGCCAAGCAGCUUGGUGAGAAGGUGACAACAGUUGGUGCGAUUAUUCGCAAAUGGAAGAAACACAAAAUAACUGUCAAUCUCCCUCGGCCUGGGGCUCCAUGCAAGAUCUCACCUCGUGGAGUUGCAAUGAUCAUGAGAACGGUGAGGAAUCAGCCCAGAACUACACGGGAGGAUCUUGUCAAUGAUCUCAAGGCAGCUGGGACCACAGUCACCAAGAAAACAAUUGGUAACACACUACGCCGUGAAGGACUGAAAUCCUGCAGCGCCCACAAGGUCCCCCUGCUCAAGAAAGCACAUAUCCAGGGCCGUCUGAUGUUUGCCAAUGAACAUCUGAAUGAUUCAGAGGAGAACUGGGUGAAAGUGUUGUGGUCAGAUGAGACCAAAAUCUAGCUAUUUGGCAUCAACUCAACUCGCCGUGUUUGGAGGAGGAGGAAUGCUGCCUGGGUAUUCCAGCAUGACAAUGACCCAAAACACACGGCCAAGGCAACAAAGGAGUGGCUCAAGAAGAAGCACAUUAAGGUCCUGGAGUGGCCUAGCCAGUCUCCAGACCUUAAUCCCAUAGGAAAUCUGUGGAGGGAGCUGAAGGUUCGAGUUGCCAAACGUCAGCCUCGAAACCUUAAUGACUUGGAGAAGAUCUGCAAAGAGGAGUGGGACAAAAUCCCUCCUGAGAUGUGUGCAAACCUGGUGGCCAACUACAAGAAACGUCUGACCUCUGUGAUUGCCAACAAGGGUUUUGCCACCAAGAACUCAGUCAUGUUUUGCAGAGGGGUCAAAUACUUAUUUCCCUCAUUAAAAUGCAAAUCAAUUUAUAACAUUUUUGACAUGUGUUUUUCUGGAUUUUUGUUGUUGUUAUUCUGUCUCUCACUGUUCACAUAAACCUACCAUUAAAAUUAUAGACUGAUCAUGUCUUUGUCAGUGGGCAAACGUACAAAAUCAGCAGGGGAUCAAAUACUUUUUUCCCUCACUGUAUGUCCUGUGUUGUAACGUGUGCAUAUGAUGUGUUGUCUCAGGCUGAAGUCAGUCUGGUGCUGGGCCAUGACGUGCCCCCUGAGAACAUCAUCUUCUCUGGAGUUUGCAAACAGCUGUCCCACAUCAAACACGCAGCCAAGAAUGGCGUCGACCUCUUGGUGUGCGACAGCGAGACAGAACUCUGCAAGAUAGCCCGUUCUCACCCCAAGGCCAAGUAGGUGCCCAUCAGACCAGCGUCUACACAUCUAGGGGGUCUCUUAGUUUGUAGGUAACUGGGAAAAGUUGUUGAAAAAGUAAUUCAAAAGAAAAAAGCUCCCUCACACUUAACUUUUUUCAAAGUAUCACAUACGCAACGCCAGGGUUGUGGGUUCGUUUCCCACGGGGGGGGCCAGUAUGAAAAUGUAUGCACUCACUAACUGUAAGUCGCUCUGGAUAAGAGCGUCUGCUAAAAUAACUAAAAUGUAAUGAACGUUUGUAGAUUGUGUAUAUUAUUUUAUUGUCAGCACCACAGGUCAGAUUCCUGGUUCAUAUGUAAACGUCGUUGGAGAAUAAAGUUAAUUCUGACUUGUUCUGUUCCACCUCUCCUCCCCAGGCUGCUGGUCCAGGUAACUACAUGGGCCCAGGCUGCAGAAACCAGCAUGGCGUUCGGCUGCUCUCUGAAGAGCUGUAGGCGCCUGCUGGAGGCUGCCAAGGACCUGGGGCUGCAGGUGGUGGGAGCUACGUAAGACUCAUCUUUCAUAGUGUAGUUGGUGACCGUCACUAGUAGUGCUUUUGUCAGUCGUAGUAAUUUCGUUCAUCCUACAUCCACAUGUCUUAGGUUAAAUUCAUUUGACCUUGAGUUGUCCAUGUUGGGCUGGAGUGACAAAUUCAACAAUCUGUUUACUUUUUCUACAGGCUACCUUGAUUUAGCGUUGUCCUAAUCGUUACAAUUGUAAUGUUAGAAACCUAGUUAAUACUGUUAGUACUGUAUUAGUGAAGUAAUUACAAUUGUCUUUGGUUGUGUCUUCAGGUUCCACAUCCCCAGCUCCUGCAAGGACCUGCAGGCCUACAGCAACGCACUGUCGGAUGCCCACUGUGUGUUUGACAUGGGGGUGAGUAGAGGAGCUUAUACCUGGGUAUUAGGGGGGAGUUAACAUGGUCAGAUGGGGGAAACAGGAGCUUAUUCCUGGGUAUUAGGGGGGAGUUAACAUGGUCAGAUGGGGGAAACAGGAGCUUAUUCCUGGGUAUUAGGGGGGAGUUAACAUGGUCAGAUGGGGGAAACAGGAGCUUAUUCCUGGGUAUUAGGGGGGAGUUAACAUGGUCAGAUGGGGGAAACAGGAGCUUAUUCCUGGGUAUUAGGGGGGAGUUAACAUGGUCAGAUGGGGGAAACAGGAGCUUAUUCCUGGGUAUUAGGGGGGAGUUUACAUGGUCAGAUGGGGGAAACAGGAGCUUAUUCCUGGGUAUUAGGGGGGAGUUUACAUGGUCAGAUGGGGGAAACAGGAGCUUAUUCCUGGGUAUUAGGGGGGAGUUUACAUGGUCAGAUGGGGGAAACAGGAGCUUAUUCCUGGGUAUUAGGGGGGAGUUUACAUGGUCAGAUGGGGGAAACAGGAGCUUAUUCCUGGGUAUUAGGGGGGAGUUUACAUGGUCAGAUGGGGGAAACAGGAGCUUAUUCCUGGGUAUUAGGGGGGAGUUUACAUGGUCAGAUGGGGGAAACAGGAGCUUAUUCCUGGGUAUUAGGGGGGAGUUUACAUGGUCAGAUGGGGGGAAACAGGAGCUUAUUCCUGGGUAUUAGGGGGGAGUUUACAUGGUCAGAUGGGGGAAACAGGAGCUUAUUCCUGGGUAUUAGGGGGGAGUUUACAUGGUCAGAUGGGGGUGGUUAUGAAUGAAGUCUGUCUAGGUUGGUCCUUUGAUCAGGAAGGUUAAAGGGCCUACAUCCUGCUGUAGUCCUAUUAAUAAGGUGGUAACACAGACCAUCCUAGUGGGGCGGGUCGAGAGUUUCAAGUUCCUUGGUGUCCACAUCACCAACAAACUAUUAUGGUCCAAACUCACCAAGACAGUCGUGAAGAGGGCACAACAACACCUUUUCCCCCUCAGGAGACUGAAAAGAUUUGGCAUGGGUCCCCAGAUCCUCAAAAAGUUCUACAGCUGCACCAUCGAGAGCAUCCUGACAGGUUGCAUCACUGUCUGGUAUGGCAACUGCUCGGCAUCCGCCUGUAAGGAGCCUCAGAGGGUAGUGCGUAUGGCCCAGUACAUCACUGGGGCCAAGCUUCCUGGCAUCCAGGACCUCUAUACCAGGCGGUGUCAGAGGAAGGCCCUCAAAAUUGUCAGACUCCAGUCACCCUAGUCAUAGACUGUUCUCUCUGCUACCGCACGGCAAGCGGUACCGGAGUGCCAAGUCUAGGUCCAAGAGGCUUCUAAACAGCUUCUACCCUCAAGCCAUAAGACAAUUAAUAAAAUGGCCACCCAGACUAUUUACAGUGGGGAGAACAAGUAUUUGAUACACUGCCGAUUUUGCAGGUUUUCCUACUUACAAAGCAUGUAGAGGUCUGUAAUUUUUAUCAUCGGUACACUUCAACUGUGAGAGACGGAAUCUAAAACAAAAAUCCAGAAAAUCGCAUUGUAUGAUUUUUAAGUACAGUAAUCCCUCGUUUAUCGCGGGGGUUACGUUCCGAAAAUGACCCGCGAUAAGUGAAAUCCGCGAAAUAGAAAACUUUUUUUUUUUACAAUUAGCAACUAUUACAUGUAUACAAAUACAGUGACUCACGUGUAGGCCGUUUCACUGCUCUUCAGACUGGGCCGCUGCAUCCUGACUGUGCGGGAGGGCAUUCGUUUCCAAAAUAAGGCAGUCUCAUCCAUGUUAAAAACUUGUUCGGGCUUAUAUCCCCCCUCCUCAAUGAUCGCCUUGAAUUUAUUGUUCACGAAGGCUUCUGCCUCAGCGGUAUCCGCAGACGCCAUCUCACCGUGCAGACAAACAUUUUUAAGUCCAAAGCGUUUCUUAAACUUUUCAAACCAGCCCUUGCUUGCAUUAAAUGCGCUUGGCACUUUGUCAGCAGCACUUGCUGGGGGCCUGGCAUCCUCUCCCACUGUGUCAGCAGCACUUGCUGAGGGCCCGGCAUCCUCUCCCUCUUCCCCGUCACUGACAGCAAAGUUUUCAUACAGCAUUCUCGCUUUUGUGCAGAUAACGUUUGUAUCCAGGGUUAUGUUUUUUUUUCCUGCAGUCAUUAAUCCACAGAGCUAAUGCCGUCUCCAUCCGUACCAUGGUCUUGUUGCGGACAGUUACAACCCUUUUUGCAUUCGUAUUAAAAUUGACUGCUGCUGUCGUCCUUAUGUUUUUUUCCUCCUUCUUUAUGUAACGAACGGAAGAUUCAUUGAUUCCGUAAUGGCGAGCAACGGCUGCAUAGCUUUUACCUUCCCUUAGCAUGUCCAGAAGUUUAACUUUAUCUGAGAUAGGUAGCAUCUUCCGCCGUUUGGGCCCAUCCGCAGGUGCUUUUGUCGGUCCAGGCCGUUUCGUCGACAUUAUGGGUUUAGGAGAUGUUCGAAAUUACAAGAUAAUUUGGCCAACUUAAUGUAAAUUUGCCAAGCUGUUUUAUGUACGUACACAUAACUGCACGAGACGACAAAAUGAUAGCACAAUUCGUAGCAUGUUUUGAUACAAGAAGCGGGAGUGAGUUUUUAGCGAAUCAGAAUGCAGAGCACAAUGCACCAAAAAAAAAAAAAUGCAUUAUGAAAAUCCGCGAAAUAGCGAAUCCGCGAUAAGUGAACCGCGAAGUGGCGAGGGAUCACUGUAAUUCAUUUGCAUUUUACUGCAUGACAUAAGUAUUUGAUACAUCAGAAAAGCAGAACUGAAUAUUUGGUACAGAAACCUGUUUGCAAUUACAGAGAUCAUACGUUUCCUGUAGGUCUUGGUCAGGUUUGCACACACUGCAGCAGGGAUUUUGGCCCACUCCUCCAUACAGACCUUCUCCAGAUCCUUCAGGUUUCGGGGCUGUCGCUGGGCAAUACGGACUUUCAGCUCCCUCCAAAGAUGUUCUAUUGGGUUCAGGUCUGGAGACUGGCUAGGCCAAUCCAGGACCUUGAGAUGCUUCUUACGGAGCAUAUUAUUUUGAUUUGAUUUUUCAUUCACUUCUGAAGGUUUACUUGAAAGAUGAGUGAACAAUUUUGUUAUAACAUCUAUGGUCUGACAGACGUGUACCCAGCAUGCAUUGUAUAAUAUCAACAAACAUGACUCCACACAUAGCCGGCAAAUAGCUUAGCGUUAGCUCAUCAUAAUCAGUACAACCUUCAAGAAAGUAUUUUACACAUAUCUGUGUCCAUUACCAUCUAUGCAAGAUCGGAAUGCAUGAUUUGUCACCAGUACUGGAAAUCGUGAAUAAAACAGUAAAUACAUUUUGCUCCAUACACGCAUAGAAAUAGCUACAGCGCCUUCGGGAAGUAUUCAGACCCCUUGACUUUUUCCACAUUUUGUUACGUUACAGCCUUAUUCUAAGAUGGGAUUUAAAAAAAGAAAAUCCUUAGCAAUCUACUCACAAUACCCCAUAAUGACAAAGCGAAAACAGGUUACAAAUUAACAAAUUAAAACAAAUACCUUAUUUAUAUAAGAAUUCAGACCCUUUGCUAUGAGACUCAAAAUUGAGCAUCAUUGAUGUUUCUACAACUUGAUUGGAGUCCACCUGUGGUAAAUUCAAUUGAUUGGACAUGAUUUGGAAAGGCACACACCUGUCUAUAUAAGAUCCCACAGUUGACAGUGCAUGUCAGAGCAAAAACCAAGCCAUGAGGUCGAAGGAAUUGUCCGUAGAGCUCCGAGAUUGUGUCGAGGCACAGAUCUGGUGAAGGGUACCACAACAUUUCGGCAGCAUUGAAGGUCCCAAAGAACACAGUGGCCUUCAUCAUUCUUAAGUGGAAGAAGUUUGGAACCACCAAGACUUUUCCUAGAGCUGGCCGCCCGGCCAAACUGCACAAUCGGGGGAGAAGGGUCUUGGUCAGGGAGGUGACCAAGAACCCGAUGGUCACUCUGACAGAGCUCCAGAGUUCCUCUGUGGAGAUGGGAGAACCUUCCAGAAGAACAACAAUCUCUGCAGCACUCCACCAAUCAGGCCUAACCGGUAGCGUGACCAGAUGGAAGCCACUCCUCAGUAAAAGGCACAUGACAGCCCGCUUGGAGUUUGCCAAAAGGCACCUAAAGACUCUCAGACCAGGAGAAAUAAGAUUCUCUGGUCUGAUGAAACCAAGAUUGAACUCUUUGGCCUGAAUGCUAAGCUUCACGUCUGGAGGAAACCUGGCACCAUCCCUACGGUGAAGCAUGGUGGUGGCAGCAUCAUGCUGUAGGGAUGUUUUUCAGCGGCAGGGACUGGGAGACUAGUCAGGAUCGAGGGAAAGAUGAACGGAGCAAAGUACAGAGAGAUCCUUGAUGAAAACCUGCUCCAGAGCUCUCAAGACCUCAGACUGGGGUGAAGGUUCACCUUCCAACAGGACAACGACCCUAAGCACACAGCCAAGACAACGCAGGAGUGGCUUCGGGACAAGUCUCUGAAUGUCCUUGAGUGGCCCAGCCAGAGCCCGGACUUGAACCUGAUUGAACAUCUCUGGAGAGACCUGAAAAUAGCUGUGCAGCAACGCUCCCCAUCCAACCUGACAGCUUGAGAGGAUCUGCAGAGAAGAAUGGGAGAAACUCCCCAAAUACAGGUGUGCCAAGCUUGUAGUGUCAUACCCAAGAAGACUAGAGACUGUAAUCGCUGCCAAAGGUGCUUCAACAAAGUACUGAGUAAAGGGUCUGAAUACUUAUGUAAAUGUGAUACUUCUGUUUUUUUAUUUUGAAAAUGUUUGCAAAAAUGUAUAUAAACCUGUUUUUGCUUUGUCAUUAUGGGGUAUUGUGUGUAGAUUGACGAUGGGGGGGGGGGGGGGGGGGGGGGGGGGACUACUUAAUCCAUUUCAGAAUAAGGCUGUAAUGUAACAAAAUGUGGGAAAAGUCAAGUUGUCUGAAUACUUUCUGAAUUAACUGUACAUGCGUACGGUAUGCUACAUUAGAAGGACAACACCAUAUACUGAAAAUACGGCACUUCAAUGGGAAUGUCCAGAGUUAUUAUUAGUAAGUAAAGUGACGACGAAGGCAAUGCUGGCGGAAAAUGUGCCAGGGGGAAAAAGUUUGUGCUGGACUGCGCAAAUGUCUGCAUACUUGAUGAUUAUUAUAAUAAUAAUAUGCCAUUUAGCAGACGCUUUUAUCCAAAGCGACUUAGUCAUGCGUGCAUACAUUUUUUUUUUUUUGUGUAUGGGUGGUCCCGGGGAUCGAACCCACUACCUUGGCGUUCCAAGCGCCGUGCUCUACCAGCUGAGCUACAGAGGACGAGAGGAUCUGGGGAAACACUGGGGAGGUGUUUCGGCUCUCAUCGAAGAGAGACGUUUGUCCGGUUCAGGAAAGCCUCAAACGUAAAAUUGUCCGCAACAGUGAAAUGGGCUACUUCUAUGUGAAUGAAUGAGGAGGCGGAACACGCCUCAAUUCAAACUGUUGAAAUGUAGCCUAUAGAUAAUUAGCAGGCAGCGUGUCUUGGUUUGAGGGCAGCGUGGGCGAACUGUCCUGUUGCGUAACAAUCACAUUUUAGAACAGUGAGUGCAUUCUGACAUCACUCAUUAAAAAAAAAAAAUCCAGCUGGGGCGACUGGGGCGUGAAAAGGUCGUGUCCAUAGAGAUCCUGGAAGUGUUCUAUAUGUAAUUCUAUGGCCUGAUCGCCCUGUCUCUUUUCUCUCCCCCUCUCUCCCCCUCUCUCCCCCUCUCUCCCCCUCUCUCUCGCUCUCCUUGUCAGGCGGAGUUGGGGUUCAGUAUGAGCAUCCUGGAUAUUGGUGGUGGAUUCUCUGGCUCAGAGUUUCAGCUCAAACAGGUACAUCAUGACCCCUCUCGUCACAUGGCAUUACUUACAGAAAACGAUGCAGAUUGUGUGUUUCCCAAAUGGUACCCUAUUCCCUAUGGGCCCUGGUAAAACGUAGUGCCCUAUAGAGGGAAUAGAGUGCUGUUUGGGACGCAGGCGUUAAGUCCUCUGUCCCCUCUAGGUUCAUACCUCCAUCAGACUGCUGCUGGAUGCCUACUUCCCCUCUCUGUUUGGGACGCAGGCGUUAAGUAACUCAGCUGACGUCCUCUGUCCCCUCUAGGUUCAUACCUCCGUCAGACUGCUGCUGGAUGCCUACUUCCCCUCUCUGUCUGGGGUGCAGACGUUAAGUCCUCUGUCCCCUCUAGGUUCAUACCUCUGUCAGACUGCUGCUGGAUGCCUACUUCCCCUCUCUGUUUGGGACGCAGGCGUUAAGUCCUCUGUCCCCUCUAGGUUCAUACCUCCGGCAGACUGCUGCUGGAUGCCUACUUCCCCUCUCUGUUUGGGGUGCAGACGUUAAGUCCUCUGUCCCCUCUAGGUUCAUACCUCCGUCAGACUGCUGCUGGAUGCCUACUUCCCCUCUCUGUUUGGGACGCAGGCGUUAAGUAACUCAGCUGACGUCCUCUGUCCCCUCUAGGUUCAUACCUCUGUCAGACUGCUCCUGGAUGCAUCCUUCCCCUCUCUGUUUGGGACGCAGGCGUUAAGUCCUCUGUCCCCUCUAGGUUCAUACCUCUGUCAGACUGCUGCUGGAUGCCUACUUCCCCUCUCUGUUUGGGACGCAGGCGUUAAGUAACUCAGCUGACGUCCUCUGUCCCCUCUAGGUUCAUACCUCUGUCAGACUGCUCCUGGAUGCAUCCUUCCCCUCUCUGUUUGGGACGCAGGCGUUAAGUCCUCUGUCCCCUCUAGGUUCAUACCUCUGUCAGACUGCUGCUGGAUGCCUACUUCCCCUCUCUGUUUGGGACGCAGGCGUUAAGUAACUCAGCUGACGUCCUCUGUCCCCUCUAGGUUCAUACCUCCAUCAGACUGCUCCUGGAUGCGUCCUUCCCCUCUCUGUUUGGGACGCAGGCGUUAAGUAACUCAGCUGACGUCCUCUGUCCCCUCUAGGUUCAUACCUCUGUCAGACUGCUCCUGGAUGCGUCCUUCCCCUCUCUGUUUGGGACGCAGGCGUUAAGUAACUCAGCUGACGUCCUCUGUCCCCUCUAGGUUCAUACCUCCAUCAGACUGCUCCUGGAUGCGUCCUUCCCCUCUCUGUUUGGGACGCAGGCGUUAAGUAACUCAGCUGACGUCCUCUGUCCCCUCUAGGUUCAUACCUCUGUCAGACUGCUCCUGGAUGCGUCCUUCCCCGCUCUGUCUGGGGUGCAGGUCAUCGCUCAGCCCGGUAGCUACUACGUCUCCUCUGCCUUCACUCUGGCCGUCAACGUCAUCGGCAAGAAGGUUGUGGCACGGGACUGGAGCUGUCAGGCUCAGGGUGAGCCAGCCGACUGAUUGGUCCAGGGUGGCCGUGACCCCACCCUCUAAGGGUGUCUUAGGGGGAAGUAGGGAUAUGCACACAAAAAAACAUUUUCCAAUUCACACAUUCAUAUUAAUAUAUAGUAAUACAGGACAAAUAUAAGCACACACCAAAUAAUUUAAUUCAUGGGAUAGAAUGGAGGCAGAAUUUCUCUGUAGUAUGAGAAAAAAACAGAGCACACAAAACAUGUGAGAUAAUGUCUUUGAGCAGGUGCUGGAUGUUGUAGAACAUCAUAAUAAACCCACUAAGGUUCUCUGGUCCUCUGUAGCUCUGUGGUCCUCUGUAGCUCUGUGGUCCUCUGUAGCUCUGUGGUCCUCUGUAGCUCUGUGGUCCUCUGUAGCUCUGUGGUCCUCUGUAGCUCUGUGGUCCUCUGUAGCUCUGUGGUCCUCUGUAGCUCUGUGGUCCUCUGUAGCUCUGUGGUUCUCUGUAGCUCAGCUGGUAGAGCACGGCGCUUGUAACGCCAGGGUAGUGGGUUCGAUCCCCGGGACCACCCAUACACAAAAAAUUUAUGCACACAUGACUGUAAGUCACUUUGUAUAAAAGCGUCUGCUAAAUGGGAUAUUAUAUUAUUAUUAUUAUGAGGAGCAUUCAGUAUAUUGUAGUGUGCAUUCUCUUUUUGUUGGUGUACUUCCUUUUUUGAAACCUCCUGUCUGAUGUGAUCUCCUCGUCCAUCUCCAGAGGAGCUGACCCCAGACGACGAGCCAGAGUUCCUCUACUACCUGAACGAUGGCGUCUACGGGUCUUUCUCCAGCAAGCUGCUAGGAAGCACCAUCCCUGCCCCGGCUGUGCUCAAGGUCAGUAGCAGCUAGCUGGGUCCCCCUCAGAGAGAUGAGGUCCGUAGCAGCUAGCUGGGUCCCCCCAGAGAGAUGAGGUCCGUAGCAGAUAGCUGGGUCCCCCUCAGAGAUGAGGUCAGUAGCAGCUAGCUGGGUCCCCCUCAGAGAGAUGAGGUCCGUAGCAGCUAGCUGGGUCCCCCUCAGAGAGAUGAGGUCAGUAGCAGAUAGCUGGGUCCUCCUCAGAGAUGAGGUCAGUAGCAGCUAGCUGGGUCCCCCUCAGAGAGAUGAGGUCCGUAGCAGCUAGCUGGGUCCCCCUCAGAGAGAUGAGGUCAGUAGCAGAUAGCUGGGUCCCCCUCAGAGAGAUGAGGUCAGUAGCAGCUAGCUGGGUCCCCCUCAGAGAGAUGAGGUCAGUAGCAGCUAGCUGGGUCCCCCUCAGAGAGAUGAGGUCCGUAGCAGCUAGCUGGGUCCCCCUCAGAGAGAUGAGGUCAGUAGCAGAUAGCUGGGUCCUCCUCAGAGAUGAGGUCAGUAGCAGCUAGCUGGGUCCUCCUCAGAGAUGAGGUCAGUAGCAGCUAGCUGGGUCCCCCUCAGAGAGAUGAGGUCAGUAGCAGCUAGCUGGGUCCCCCUCAGAGAGAUGAGGUCAGUAGCAGCUAGCUGGGUCCCCCUCAGAGAGAUGAGGUCAGUAGCAGCUAGCUGGGUCCUCCUCAGAGAUGAGGUCAGUAGCAGCUAGCUGGGUCCCCAUCAGAGAGAUGAGGUCAGUAGCAGAUAGCUGGGUCCCCCUCAGAGAUGAGGUCCGUAGCAGCUAGCUGGGUCCCCAUCAGAGAGAUGAGGUCCGUAGCAGCUAGUAGCAGCUUAUUAUUAGGUCAGUAGCAGCUUAUUAUUAUUAUUAUUAAAUUAUAGAUGAGGUCAGUAGCAGCUAGCUGGGUCCCCAUCAGAGAGAUGAGGUCAGUAGCAGCUAGCUGGGUCCCCAUCAGAGAGAUGAGGUCCGUAGCAGCUAGUAGCAGCUUAUUAUUAGGUCAGUAGCAGCUUAUUAUUAUUAUUAUUAUUAUUAUUAUUAUUAAAUUAUAGAUGAGGUCAGUAGCAGCUAGCUGGGUCCCCCUCAGAGAGAUGAGGUCAGUAGCAGCUUAUUAUUAGGUCAGUAGCAGCUUAUUAUUAUUAUUAUUAUUAUUAUUAUUAUUAUUAAAUUAUAGAUGAGGUCAGUAGCAGCUAGCUGGGUCCCCCUCAGAGAUGAGGUCAGUAGCAGCUAGCUGGGUCCCCCUCAGAGAGAUGAGGUCAGUAGCAGCUUAUUAUUAGGUCAGUAGCAGCUUAUUAUUAUUAUUAUUAUUAUUAAAUUAUAGAUGAGGUCAGUAGCAGCUAGCUGGGUCCCCCUCAGAGAUGAGGUCAGUAGCAGCUAGCUGGGUCCCCCUCAGAGAGAUGAGGUCAGUAGCAGCUUAUUAUUAGGUCAGUAGCAGCUUAUUAUUAUUAUUAUUAUUAUUAUUAUUAUUAAAUUAUAGAUGAGGUCAGUAGCAGCUAGCUGGGUCCCCCUCAGAGAUGAGGUCAGUAGCAGCUAGCUGGGUCUAUUAACCAAAAUCUUUCUGACAUGUACAGCCCUAAUUUUUUGUAAGAAAAUUGGAUAUAAAAUGAAAAGUUAAUCUCGUGUGAAGUUUAAUGACUUUACUUGCAUGUUUUAAUAAGACAAAUAUUUGAUCAAAUAUGUGAAAAGUCCAGACUGGGCUUAUUGGCACCAUGUGCCACCUUCCGGAGACACUGGGCUUAUUGGCACCAUGUGCCACCUUCCGGAGACACUGGGCUUAUUGGCACCAUGUGCCACCUUCCGGAGACACUGGCUUUAUUGGCACCAUGUGCCACCUUCCGGAGACACUGGGCUUAUUGGCACCAUGUGCCACCUUCCGGAGACACUGGGCUUAUUGGCACCAUGUGCCACCUUCCGGAGACACUGGCUUUAUUGGCACCAUGUGCCACCUUCCGGAGACACUGGGCUUAUUGGCACCAUGUGCCACCUUCCGGAGACACUGGGCUUAUUGGCACCAUGUGCCACCUUCCGGAGACACUGGGCUUAUUGGCACCAUGUGCCACCUUCCGGAGACACUGGGCUUAUUGGCACCAUGUGCCACCUUCCGGAGACACUGGGCUUAUUGGCACCAUGUGCCACCUUCCGGAGACACUGGGCUUAUUGGCACCAUGUGCCACCUUCCGGAGACACUGGGCUUAUUGGCACCAUGUGCCACCUUCCGGAGACACUGGGCUUAUUGGCACCAUGUGCCACCUUCCGGAGACACUGGGCUUAUUGGCACCAUGUGCCACCUUCCGGAGACACUGGGCUUAUUGGCACCAUGUGCCACCUUCCGGAGACACUGGGCUUAUUGGCACCAUGUGCCACCUUCCGGAGACACUGGGCUUAUUGGCACCAUGUGCCACCUUCAGGAGACACUGGGCUUAUUGGCACCAUGUGCCACCUUCCGGAGACACUGGGCUUAUUGGCACCAUGUGCCACCUUCAGGAGACACUGGGCUUAUUGGCACCAUGUGCCACCUUCCGGAGACACUGGGCUUAUUGGCACCAUGUGCCACCUUCCGGAGACACUGGGCUUAUUGGCACCAUGUGCCACCUUCCGGAGACACUGGGCUUAUUGGCACCAUGUGCCACCUUCCGGAGACACUGGGCUUAUUGGCACCAUGUGCCACCUUCCGGAGACACUGGGCUUAUUGGCACCAUGUGCCACCUUCCGGAGACACUGGGCUUAUUGGCACCAUGUGCCACCUUCCGGAGACACUGGGCUUAUUGGCACCAUGUGCCACCUUCCGGAGACACUGGGCUUAUUGGCACCAUGUGCCACCUUCCGGAGACACUGGGCUUAUUGGCACCAUGUGCCACCUUCCGGAGACACUGGGCUUAUUGGCACCAUGUGCCACCUUCCGGAGACACUGGGCUUAUUGGCACCAUGUGCCACCUUCAGGAGACACUGGGCUUAUUGGCAUCAUGUGCCACCUUCAGGAGACACUGGGCUUAUUGGCACCAUGUGCCACCUUCCGGAGACACUGGGCUUAUUGGCACCAUGUGCCACCUUCCGGAGACACUGGGCUUAUUGGCACCAUGUGCCACCUUCCGGAGACACUGGGCUUAUUGGCCCCAUGUGCCACCUUCCGGAGACACUUGAAACCCCACCUCUUUAAGGAAUACCUGGGAUAGGAUAAAGUAAUCCUUCUACCCCCCCUUACCCCACCCCAAAGAAAGAAAAAAAAAAAACAUAUUGUAAAGUGGUUAUCCCACUGGCUAUAAGGUGAAUGCUCCUCUCACUCACAUGGCUCUCAGAUAUCUCAAUUCUUAUUAGCCAAUGCCCGUCACGUGAUCGGGUCCUUCUUACAGGCUACAAGUUAAGACCGACACAUCGGGGACGCAACUGCGCGCGUCCUUAUCGAAUUCCAAGGUGCAUAUUGAAGACGUUGGAAGAACUGUCCACAUUUACUUUUCGCCAGCCAACAAGAUGAGUAGCCUAACGAACAGCAAAAUCACUAGCCCAUGUCAAUCUACUAUCCCCCAUAGUACAGAAGUUGACCUGUUCUAUUCUGUGAGAGAAAUAAAUAUUCUAAACACAGUCUGGGACAGUUGUGGGAUGUGAUAGAUCCCAAAUUAAUACAACCACUAGCAUCAAAAUACCUUCUAAAAGCAAUGAGGCUGAUGCAACAGAUGAGAACGUUUAUCUUAAAAUGUUGAUAAACUAUUAGGCUAUUUCUUCCCAUUAUAAGCGCAGCAAUGCGCCCACAAGGCAGUAGGCUAUAAGCGGGAAUGUUCCUAAAUGCCAUUAAUUAGCGGGAAAACACAAUUCUCAACAGUGACCGAAAAUGCGAUUUAUGCAUGUUAUGCUUUUAUUAUAAAGGGGCAUUUUUAUGGUGAAAAUGAUCUUCCCCAAACUUGAAACUCACUCGCUGCUUAUGGCUCUACAUUGGUUGUAAAACCUUAUAGGCCUAUGGGCUAGGCUACAUGAGGUGGGUACUAUGAUUUGGCCUAUGGGCUAGGCUACAUGAGGUGGGGGCUAUGAUUUGGCCUAUGGGCUAGGCUACAUGAGGUGGGGGCUAUGAUUUGGCCUAUGGGCUAGGCUACAUGAGGUGGGGGCUAUGAUUAGGCCUAUGGGCUAGGCUACAUGAGGUGGGGGCUAUGAUUAGGCCUAUGGGCUAGGCUACAUGAGGUGGGGGCUAUGAUUUGGCCUAUGGGCUAGGCUACAUGAGGUGGGGGCUAUGAUUAGGCCUAUGGGCUAGGCUACAUGAGGUGGGGGCUAUGAUUAGGCCUAUGGGCUAGGCUACAUGAGGUGGGGGCUAUGAUUUGGCCUAUGGGCUAGGCUACAUGAGGUGGGGGCUAUGAUUUGGCCUAUGGGCUAGGCUACAUGAGGUGGGGGCUAUGAUUUGGCCUAUGGGCUAGGCUACAUGAGGUGGGGGCUAUGAUUUGGCCUAUGGGCUAGGCUACAUGAGGUGGGGGCUAUGAUUUGGCCUAUGGGCUGGGCUACAUGAGGUGGGGGCUAUGAUUUGGCCUAUGGGCUAGGCUACAUGAGGUGGGGGCUAUGAUUUGGCCUAUGGGCUAGGCUACAUGAGGUGGGGGCUAUGAUUAGGCCUAUGGGCUAGGCUACAUGAGGUGGGGGCUAUGAUUAGGCCUAUGGGCUAGGCUACAUGAGGUGGGGGCUAUGAUUUGGCCUAUGGGCUAGGCUACAUGAGGUGGGGACUAUGAUUAGGCCUAUGGGCUAGGCUACAUGAGGUGGGGGCUAUGAUUAGGCCUAUGGGCUAGGCUACAUGAGGUGGGGGCUAUGAUUUGGCCUAUGGGCUAGGCUACAUGAGGUGGGGGCUAUGAUUUGGCCUAUGGGCUAGGCUACAUGAGGUGGGGGCUAUGAUUUGGCCUAUGGGCUAGGCUACAUGAGGUGGGGGCUAUGAUUUGGCCUAUGGGCUAGGCUACAUGAGGUGGGGGCUAUGAUUUGGCCUAUGGGCUAGGCUACAUGAGGUGGGGGGGCUAUGAUUUGGCCUAUGGGCUGGGCUACAUGAGGUGGGGGCUAUGAUUUGGCCUAUGGGCUGGGCUACAUGAGGUGGGGGCUAUGAUUAGGCCUAUGGGCUAGGCUACAUGAGGUGGGGGCUAUGAUUUGGCCUAUGGGCUAGGCUACAUGAGGCUACAUGAGGUGGGGGCUAUGAUUUGGCCUAUGGGCUAGGCUACAUGAGGCUACAUGAGGUGGGGGCUAUGAUUUGGCCUAUGGGCUAGGCUACAUGAGGCUACAUGAGGUGGGGGCUAUGAUUUGGCCUAUGGGCUAGGCUACAUGAGGUGGGGGCUAUGAUUUGGCCUAUGGGCUAGGCUACAUGAGGCUACAUGAGGUGGGGGCUAUGAUUUGGCCUAUGGGCUAGGCUACAUGAGGUGUGCGACUAUGAUUUGAAGAAGUCGAAAAGGCAUGCGCUGUUUCUUGCCUUACUGCACACAAGCAGAGCAUCCUUCACAAGUGAUAGGCUAAUAUUGUCACCCAUCAGACUAUUUUUGAUUUUAAUCUUGUCUUUACAAAUACUAAAUAAUAUAUACAAAAGUAUGUGGACACCCCUUCAAAUUAGUGGAUUCAGAUAUUUCAGCCACACCUGUUGCUGACAGGUGUAUAAAAUCGAGCACACAGCCAUGCAAUCUCCACAGACACAAAUUGGCAGUAGAAUGGCCUUACUAAAGACCUUUCAACGUGGCACCGUCAUAGGAUGCCACCUUUCCAAGAAGUCAGUUCGUCAAAUUUCUGCCCUGCUAGAGCUGCCCCCGGUCAACUGAAAGUGCUGUUAUUGUGAAGUGGAAACGUCUAGGAGCAACAACGGCUCAGCCACGAAGUGGUAGGCCACACAAGCUCACAGAACGGGACCACCGAGUGCUGAAGCACGUAAAACAUUGCCUGUCCUCGGUUGCAACACUCACAACCGAGUUCCACUGCCUCUGGAAGCAACGUCAGUACAAUAACUGUUCGUCGGGAGCUUUAUGAAAUGGGUUUCCAUGACCGAGCAGCCGCACACAAGCCUAAAAUCAUAAUGCGCAAUGCCAAGCUGGAGUGGUGUAAAGCUUGCCGCCAUUGGACUCUGGAGCAGUGGAAACGCGUUCUCUGGAGUGAUGAAUCAUGCUUCACCGUCUGGCAGUCUGACGGAUAAAUCUGGUUUUGGUGGAUACCAGGAGAACGCUACCAGCCCGAAUGCAUAGUGCCAACUGUGAAGUUUGGUGGAGGAGGAAUAUUGAUCUGGGGCUGUUUUAUGAGGGCAUGUUUGGCAGCAUGAGUGAAGGAGGCUUUGUUGCGAAAUAGGAAGCCGAUUCUAGAUUUAACUUUGGAUUGGAGAUUCUUAAUGUGAGUCUGGAAGGAGAGUUUACGGUCUAACCAGACACCUAGGUAUUUGUAGUUGUCCACAUACUCUAGGUCAGACUCGCCGAGAGUAGUGAUUCUAGUCGGGUGGGCGGGUGCAAGCAGCGUUCGAUUGAAGAGCAUGCAUUUAGUUUUACUAGCGUUUAAGAGCAGUUGGAGGCUACGGAAGGAGUGUUGUAUGGCAUUGAAGCUCGUUUGGAGGUUUGUUGACACAGUGUCCAAUGAAGGGCCAGAUGUAUACAAAAUGGUGUCGUCUGCAUAGAGGUGGAUCUGAGAGUCACCAGCAGCAAGAGCGACAUCAUUGAUAUACACAGAGAAAAGAGUCGGCCCGAGAAUUGAACCCUGUGGCACCCCCAUAGAGACUGCCAUAGGUCCAGACAACAGGCCCUCCGAUUUGACACAUUGAACUCUAUCUGAGAAGUAGUUGGUGAACCAGGCGAGGCAGUCAUUUGAGAAACCAAGGCUAUUUAGUCUGCCAAUAAGAAUGCGGUGGUUGACAGAGUCGAAAGCCUUGGCCAGGUCGAUGAAGACGGCUGCACAGUACUGUCUUUUAUCGAUCGCGGUUAUAAUAUCGUUUAGGACCUUGAGCGUGGCUGAGGUGCACCCAUGACCAGCUCGGAAUAUGUUGCGUAACACUGCCUGAAUUCCAUUUAUAAGAGCCCUCAAUGCAGAUAAGCCUGACAAACUCCUCAGUGUUGCUUCAACAUUACAAAAUUAAGUGUUUUGCUUAUCAGAAUAAUCACCCCAUUUUUGGGGGGUUUGGAAUUAAAUUAGCUAUGGUAAACUUCUGCAACCCAGCCUCUAAAUUUCAGUGACUCUGUAUCUGUUAAAUGUGAUUCCUGUAUGAACACAAUAUCUGCCUAUUUUGAUUUUAAAUAUGUCAAUCUUUAUCCUCUUCACUUGGUUACAACCAUUUAUGUUCCAAGAGAUUGUACCAUUAGCCAUAUUUGCGCUGAGUAGUUAUAGUGUGAAGUGUCCCAUUUUAACACACGACAACUCUAAUGAACAUCCUUAUAUAACAUUUCACAAUACAUGCUCCAGCUGUACAAUAAAACGUUGGAAACCAAUCCCCAAAUAAAACAAAGCAACUAGGAACGUAACGUUGCUUCUCGAUGAGUCGAUCAUCACAGAACUGUCUGAUGCUGCAGAAGAAGACCUGCAGUCAACUCAAACUUCCUUAUGGUCCGUGAGGCGCCUGAACGGCUAAAUUAGCAACACUCCCCAGAGUCCCGCAAACACACAGGCUGCCUUCAUUUGUAUAGUAAACGGCAAACAGUUAAACUUGUAUUUGACCUUGUCUCAUCUUCUUUAUCUAGGCCUUCUGUGAAUACAGCGUGUUAGGCUUGAAUACGUUUUUAGUGUGUGUCGACAUUCCAACAACGCCACUUUAGCGAGAUGUUUCAAAAUGUAAAUGUAUCUUUAUAUUAAACUGUACUUGAAGUCAAUAUAUUAAGACAAAAAUGUAAGUUUAUGCCGUUGAAUUUCAGUAUUUACAUGCAGGUGUUAGGAGCACUCUAAAGUACUGCCAUCUUUAUCUUGUUAUGAACCGUUUGUGUAAUCUGAACCUCUCCUUCCACAGAGGGGGUCUACGGCGGCGGAGCCAGUGUUCUCCAGCAGCCUGUGGGGUCCGUCGUGUGACGGCCUAGACCAGGUGUUGGAGCACUGCCUGCUGCCUGAGCUCAGCCCUGGAGACUGGCUGGUCUUUAACAACAUGGGGGCCGCUGGCCUGGGGGGCCCCUCAGCCAUCAGACCAGCUGUCUACCACACUGUCUCCACCGCUGACUGGUACGUGGGGGGGGGGUUGCUUAACCCGUAUGGUAGAUAAACCAUCAUAAUGAAAACGUGUCACACUGAAAUAACUGAGUAGCAUCUACAAUGUCACAUCAUUAACAUCAGUUUUGAUGUCAUGCUAGGAGUUACGCUCAUGUUAGAUAUCAAUGGGAUGUCCGGCAUGAUGGGAGUUAUGCUCAUAUUUAGGGAUGUUAAUGGUUAGUCGUUAGCAGUUGAAAAUACAUUUGACCGUCAUGCUUAUCAGUCUGUAGGUUAAUUUGCAUCAUUUCAUGGAAUUAAAUUGGUGUUCGAAUUUUAACAAAAUCGUCAGCCAUGAAACAGGAACAGUGUCUUGGUCGACCGGAAUUAUUAAAUUGCCAAAAAUAGUCAUGUACAGCGAGUUUUAUAGAGUUAGAAAGCUUUUUUACGUCAACUAAUGGCUCUGUCUCUAGUUAGAAAAUAACUUUCUUAUUUGCAUAUAGUCAUUUAGCAGACGCUCUUACAAAUUGGUGCAUUCAACUUAUGAUAGCCAGUGGGACAAGCACUUUUUUUUUUAUGGGGGGGGGGGGGGGGGGGGGGGGGUAGAAGGAUUACUGUUAUACUAUUCCAGGUAUUCCUUAAAGAGGUGGGGUUUCAAGUGUCUCCGGAAGGUGGUGAGUGACUCCGCUGUCCUGGCGUCGUGAGGGAGCUUGUUCCACCAUUGGGGUGCCAGAGCAGCGAAUAGCUUUGACUGGGCUGAGCGGGAACUAUGCUUCCGCAGAGGUAGGGGGACCAGCAGGCCAGAGGUGGAAGAACGCAAUGCCCUCGUUUGGGUGUAGGGACUGAUCAGAGCCUGAAGGUACGGAGGUGCCGUUCCCCUCACAGCUCCGUAGGCAAGCACCAUGGUUUUGUAGUAGAUGCGAGCUUCAACUGGAAGCCAGUGGAGUGUGCGGAGGAGCGGGGUGACAUGAGAGAACUUGGGAAGGUUGAACACCAGACGGGCUGCGGCGUUCUGGAUAAGUUGUAGGGGUUUAAUGGCACAGGCAGGGAGCCCAGCCAACAGCGAGUUGCAGUAAUCCAGACGGGAGAUGACAAGUGCCUGGAUUAGGACCUGUGCCGCUUCCUGUGUAAGGCAGGGUCGUACUCUGCGAAUGUUGUAGAGCAUGAACCUACAGGAUCGGGUCACCGCUUUGAUGUUAGCGGAGAACGACAGGGUGUUGUCCAGGGUCACGCCAAGGUUCUUUGCACUCUGGGAGGAGGACACAAUGGAGUUGUCAACCGUGAUGGCGAGAUCAUGGAGCGGGCAGUCCUUCCCCGGGAGGAAGAGCAGCUCCGUCUUGCCGAGGUUCAGCUUGAGGUGGUGAUCCGACAACCACACUGAUAUGUCUGCCAGACAUGCAGAGAUGCGAUUCGCCACCUGGUAAUCAGAAGGGGGAAAGGAGAAAAUUAAUUGUGUGUUGUCUGCGUAGCAAUGAUAGGAGAGACCAUGUGAGGAUAUGACAGUGCCAAGUGACUUGGUGUAUAGGGAGAAUAGGAGAGGGCCUAGAACUGAGCCCUGGGGGACACCAGUGGUGAGAGCACGUGGUGCGGAGACAGAUUCUCACCACGCCAUCUGGUAGGAGCGACCUGUCAGGUAGGACGCAAUCCAAGAGUGAGCAGCGCCGGAGAUGCCCAACUCGGAGAGGGUGGAGUGGAGGAUCUGAUGGUUCACAGUAUCAAAGGCAGCAGACAGGUCUAGAAGGACGAGAGCAGAGGGGAGAGAGUUAGCUUUAGCAGUGCGGAGAGCCUCCGUGACACAGAGAAGAGCAGUCUCAGUUGAAUGACCAGUCUUGAAACCUGACUGGUUUGGAUCAAGAAGGUCAUUCUGAGAGAGAUAGCAAGAGAGUUGGCUAAAGACGGCACGCUCAAGAGUUUUGGAGAGAAAAGAAAGAAGGGAUACUGGUCUGUAGUUGUUGACAUCGGAGGGAUCGAGUGUUGGUUUUUUGAGGGGUGCAACUCUCGCUCUCUUGAAGACGGAAGGGACAUAGCCAGCGGUCAAGGAUGAGUUGAUGAGCGAGGUGAGGUAAGGGAGAAGGUCUCCGGAAAUGGUCUGGAGAAGACAGGAGGGGAUAGGGUCAAGCAGGCAGGUUGUUGGGCAGCCGGCCGUCACAAGUCGCAAGAUUUCAUCUGGAGAGAGAGGGGAGAAAGAAGUCAAAGCAUAGGGUAGGACAGUGUGAGCAGGACCAGCGGUGUCAUUUGACUUAAUAAAUGAGGAUCGGAUGUCGUCAACCUUCUUUUCAAAAUGGUUGACGAAGUCAUCCACAGAGAGGGAGGAGGGAGGGGGAGGAGGAUUCAGCAGGGAGGAGAAUGUGGCAAAGAGCUUCCUAGGGUUAGAAGCAGAGGCUUGAAAUUUAGAGUGGUAGAAAGUGGCUUUAGCAGCAGAAACAGAGGAAGAAAAUAGCUUACCUCAACUAAUGGCUGUCUCUAGUCAGAUAGUUAGAACAACUAAUGGCUGUGUGGAGUGGAGACUCGUUGCUAGGCAACUCACACAGGAAGCAGUGGGGGAGAGAGGGGAGCGGCUAACAACUACAGUUAAACUAGCAACCAAAAACGUUUCAUAGCCUUUCUCUCCUGUUGUACUGGUUUUCAUAUCAACUUUCUUUAGUUGUCACAAUCACAGUCAUAUUAACAACCCACCCUAGUUGUUGUAUAUCUAUGUUUUUUCUCUUUGUAAAAGUUGCUAAUGGAGAAGUUCAUCUCUGUCACAUGAAACGGCUUCAUAAGGUGUGUCUUUUUAGAACAGUGUUUUUCCUCAUUGCAUUUUGGCAAAUGUUUGAAAAUGAUGCGUUACAUUGUCUGCUUCAGUAGUGUUUGUAUGUUCAAUAACAUGAGGUGAUAGGCUUGCUAUUGUCACAUGUUUUUUUUAAGCUCUUAAUGGAAAAAAAGUUUGUUCAUAGUAUUCCAUGCAUAGUAUUUUCUGUUUUAACCGGUUAGUGGGGGUUGGUUAGUCGGCAACAAAAUUGACUGAAAUUUGCAUCCAUAGUCAUAUUAGAUAUCAAUAUGAUGUCCAUCAUCAUGCUAGGAGUUACGCUCAGAUACCGAAGUGAUGCUGUACAAGAAAUAUUGGCGCCCCACUUCUUCCACCUUCACUGUUUGUGAUGGAGAAUAUCUUAAAACUUUGACAAGAUGUACACCGAAGACCUUGUGUUGUAAGCUAUACCGUCGUUGCCCAUUCACUGCUUUAUUGUAUUCCAGUGCAACUUUAUUAUUCAAACCAGUGUCCUCUGUGUUCCCCAGGUACACCAUGCAGGAGGCUGGGAUAGCUGUGGACAACAUUAUGAAGAACUUCUCCAUGGUCCAUUACGGUGCAUAGCUCUGCUCGGUCCCUCCCCUCUCCAUUAUGACAUCAGAGAGAUACCACCUUACCCUGGGCGUUCAGUGAUCAGCAUUCCAACAGCCUUGGAAAAUGCUGUGUUCAACUUUCCAGGAAAGUUAAAGACUUGUGAUUUCCUGGGAACAGGAAACGAUUGA